AUGGAGCCUGUGGCUCGGAGCGUUGAUGGUGCGACCGACGGCUCGCCAGUGGGCGAUGAUCCGGUUAGUGCUGCAGCCGCAUUAGGAGCUUCAAUUCCUACUCCAACUGAAUGUUUGAAUAUUGACUGUGGUUGCAAUAAUCCACCGACUGAAACUCACAGCGAAGAGAAAUCGCCUGACGCGGCUGUCGCCGAUCUGGAGCAUACGUUUAUGUGUGUUAUGCACGUACUGUCCACUGAGGGCAACGACGAUCUAACUGACGACGACUACGCCCCCUCGGUCACGGAGCUUGAUUACACCGCUCCGAAUGUGAAGAACCCGAUUUUCGUCGGCGAUCAGCAACGACGACUCGAUGAGGUGCUUAAAAAGCACGAGGCGAUCAUGAUUUUGAGUGGCAAUGUAUUACCACCUCCUGCGUAUGGGGUGGUAUGUGACAUCGACGUCCAAGGGCAUGCACCGAUCAAACAACGAGCGAGGCGGAUUCUGCUGAGGCACUUGCAGAAGCUCUACGAGCUACUCAAAGGACUGCUUAAGGCUGGCCCCAUUGCGUUCUCGGACAGUCCAUGGGCGUCGCCCAUCGUGAUUGUACUAAAAAAGAAUGGCCAGGAUAUUCGACUAUGCAUCGAUUACAAGAUGGUCAAUGCAGUCACUGCAAUCAUGGAGUACGCCAUGCCUCUAGUCGACGACUUGUUGACCGAGCUGGAGAACUACCUGUGGUUCUGUUCGUUGGAUGCGGCUAGUGGCUUUUGGGCAAUCAUGAUGACGAUGCGUGCACGCAAGAUUUCAGUGUUCGUUUGUGCGUUAGGGUACUUUGGGUGGCUCCGAAUGCCUUUUGGGUUGACGAAUGCUCCCAUGAUCUACCAAAGGAUGAUCGAUAAUGCUUUAUGGGGCUUUGUACAGCCUAAAGGUGGAUGGAAGCGAUAUGAUGAGCGAAUGAAACUCGCGGAAAAAGCAGCCAAACACCAACGAUCACUCGACGGCGACUCAUAUUUUACCCUGACGACGACUCGGACCAAGUUUGAGGCUGAUCGACAUGCGUCGUCAGAGCUGGAUCCGGUGUUACGAGUCGUGAAGGAUCCAUACACAGACAUGUUUGGGACUAAUGAACCGGCCGAAUCGUCGCUAGUCCCAGUGUUCCAGCGUCGAUCCUUCGUAGAUGGCAUUUGCUUUAGUGGUACAACAUUUGACGACUGCUUGGAUACUCUGGACCAGUUGCUGGCGCGGUUUGAGGAAUGCAGGAUCAGUGUCAGCUUUACUAAAAUCAUAUUUUGUCAGUCCAAGGUCGACUUCCUCUCUAACGAGGUGUCGCCUGAAGGAAUACGGGCUGACCCCAAGAAGAUGACAGCUAUUACCAAGUUGCCGUUCCCCAAGUCGAAGAAAGGAAUGCAACAAUUCCUUGGCUCUCUCAACUACUACAGUCGCUUCAUCCAAGACUUUGCAGUCUAUGGAGCCGCGCUGUAUCAGUUGAAGGAAGAAGAUUUCUACGACGGGGGUGACUUGGCUGCGGCCAAAGAGAGCUUUUUUGCGCUCCAACGAAAAGUAGCUGACGCUCCAUUCCUACGACAUUUCGAUGACAAGAAGGAGCGCAACCUUGAUGCAGAUGCACGACGACAAACUACACCCUGUCCGCUUUUGCGGACGAGUUCUCAAGGACGCCGAGAUGAUCACUCGGCAGAAAAGGAAGUCCUAGCUUUGUUGCUGCUGCUCAAGGUGUGUUACACCCAGCUGGCGGGAAAGACACUGCAUGUGUACACCCGAUUCUCUACACUUGGAUGGGUUCACAAAUCUAAGUCGCUUUUCGGCAGGGUAGUGCAGUUUGCGGUGCUGCUGUCACCAUGGCAACUAGAAGUACAGCGAGUUCGAGAGAAAGACUGCGUGUUCACGCAGUUGCUACAGUCAACGAUUACUAAUUUCGUGAACCUGGACGACUCGUUGGCACUUGUGGCACCGCCUACCAAAGGUUCACCGAGUACUAAGUUGGACCCAAGUCUGCUCUACGCUCAACUACCCCACGACUAUGAAGGGUUUGUGGUCUCUUUUGAUGGUUCCGCUAAGACGGAGAAGAAUGGUGGCUACGGUAGCUGCUCAUGGAUAGUGUGGAAGCUUCCAGAGUGGCAGAUAGUGAUCGCUGCGAGUGCCUACAUCGAACAAACUACGGUGAUUAUGGCUGAGUACAGUGGCAUGAACCAUGGGGUGAUAGUAGCCCUGGAACAUGUGGCUGAGGACCUAGUCAUCGUUGGAGACUCGAGGUUGGCAAUCCAGCAAUCACUAGGGGUGAUCGCAUGCCGUAAGGAUUCGUUGAUGACACUCCUGCACCCCCACCGAGAAGUCGUGGCGAAGCUUAAGUUAGUCCGAAACCUGCACGUAGUGCGUGAGUAUAACGCAGCGGCUGACUCGCUCGCUGGUGAAGCAUUGGAGUCGAAGGUGUCUAAGGUGGUGCUCAACGACCACCGCAAGACUGAGCUCAAGGAACUGAACAGAAUCCAAGAAAUGAUCUAUGAGCCGUCUUCAGACGAAAUCAAGGUCGAAAACGCGAGUUCCGAGAGUUUCGCUCAAAUUCCAGACGGAAAGACACGCUACAUUCACGCCAUGGACAGCGAUAUCUUGCUACAACGCAAGACUUAUGCUGAUUGUGCGCACCAAGAACGUGCCGAAGUCUCAGCUACAACUCGAAGUCAGACCAAAACCAAGAAGAAACGAGUGCACUUCGAGAACGAAGUUCCUGAAGGAACGACCAACACUGAGGCUACUGAGGCAGUCAACGAGAACUCGGAAACGCAAGAACAACGACCAAGUGCUGAGGCCCGACACGAACUAACAGCCGACGACAUUGACCCAGUUACAGUGCAAGAAGAACGCCGUAUCGCCAAGGCCCAGGACGAAGAGUUCAGGGGGUCGAACCUGAAAGCCGUCCUGAGAGGGGAAACCACAGGAGAAACCACAGCGAUGACUUACAAAGAGGCUCGAGAAGCCUGGAAGUGGGCGGACAACUUUGUGUUGUCAAGCGACAAUGUCUUGUACUACACAGGGGUGAGCAGAAGAAAGGUUGACGAAAACCAGCCCGAGAUGUCGUUGAGGCUUGUGGUGCCAACCACAAUGAUCCAAGAGGUGCUAUAUAACUGUCAUGACUCCGUCGAAGGAGGGCACCAUGGUGUCGUUCGCUUCUAUCAAAGCAAGAAUGUGGAAAAACAUGUGAAGUCAUGCCUCGACUGCGGCUCGAGUAAGAGCUUGCCGCAACUCAGAGGCUACUCACCUGGCAAUGUGCUCGCGGAGCGACCAUUCCAAGUGGUGUCAAUGGACUUUGUGAUCCCUCUACCGAGAUCUCGUCGAGGGAACACUGCCUUAUUGCUAUGGCAUUGCUCGUUUACAUGGUUCAUAAUCGCUAAAGCGAUGUCCGAUACUGAUGCCCUGACUGUGGUCAAGGUGUUCGAGGAACGUAUUUACAGACGAUUUGGUGCUCCGUCUCUUGUUCGACAUGACCGAGACCCACGCUUCAUGAGCGAGGUCUUCCAAGCUUUCGCCGAGUUAAUACAGGCAAGGUCAAGGUCGACGUUGAGCUAUCGCCCACAAGCGAAUGGGCAACAAGAGCGGUCGGUCAAGACCGUGAUGCAGUCUGUCAAGGUCUAUGUGGAAGACCCGUUGCAGCAAGACUGGGACGAGAUCGCUGAACGACUAGUCUUUGCGAUCAACAACUCUCAUGACAUGACCAGGAAAGAGACACCAUUAUACUUG